AUGCUUAUGGAGGGAUUUACGCCAUGGCAUAUUGCCGAAGGUCUUACAAUACGUCACGGACCAGAGUGGGUACGCCGCAGGACAAUGUUGGACGUCCCCCUACAUAGUGCAAUCGCUAAACACGUGCAAGGCAUCUGCGAAUCUUGCGACACGUUUACACAAAAAGUGUACAACAUGAGGAACCAUCAGGAUGAAGUAACCAAGGACUUGGAGAAGGAGUUGAAUAAAUGGGCAUUCGAUUGUAUGGCGGUAAAGGAAUACUCUCGCCUGAUAAUAUUCUCGAAGAAGUUCGCGAUGCUCGACACUGAGCUGAUCUACAGCCAGUGCGACAUGUCGUGGCUGUACCACAGUCUAGUUAAGGCGAGCGAGGCGGUGGCGCGCUGUGAGUCGGGCGUGCGCAUGUGGAAGUAUUUCACGACGCCCGCCUGGUACUCGCUGGUCAAAUACUGCGACAACCUGGAUAACUUGAUCGGCAAGCACGUUCUCGAAGUGGAACAGAGCAUAGCGAUGUGCACCGAGAAGGAUAAAGUAAAAGACGUGAACCCCUUGAUUGGUGCUAUGUUGCUCGGGGAAGAUUGUAUGAGCGUUGAGGACAUCGCAACACUUCUCAUGGACAUGCUUCUCAUAGGCGUGAACACGAUUACUUCGACAGUAUCGUUUUUAUUGUACUUCAUCGCAAAACAAAGUAGAGUACAGCGUUUGCUCUACCAAGAAAUCGAGAACAUUACCCCCGAGAUUAAUCUGGAUAAAGUUAACAAUCUCAAGGAUAAAACACCAUAUCUACAAGCGUGUCUCAAGGAAACCCUAAGGUUAGCACCUCCGAUACCUCUGCUGACCAGGAUUCUCCCAAAGAAUAUAGUUCUGGAUAGUUAUAACAUACCUCGGGGCACCUUGAUUAUGAUGUCGAUCCAAGAUGCAGCGCUAAAGGAGUCUAACUUCGACGACGCCGCCAAGUUCUAUCCAGAGCGAUGGCUUAGUGGCGACUCGAACGUCCGUCACGAAUUUGCAUCGAUCUCUUUCGGUUACGGUGCGAGAAAAUGUCUGGGUCAAAACGUAGCCGAAAUAAUGACAACACUCCUAACUAUUAAGGUAAUAAACGGAUGUAAUGCCAGCAAACUAUCAUCUAUC